GCUGAAAUUAAUGGGUAAACCACAUGUACUUCCCGUCUUUGUGCUUUGUAUGCUAACAUACACAUGGACGACACUGUCUAUUCCCUUCAUAGUUUUACCUGGCCUUGGAGAUGAAUGCAAGAAUCAAGGAGUCAAACACUUCACAGAGCUCUUAAGCAACUGGUCUGGCUCUCAAGGAUACUGCAUAAAAAUUGGAGACGGAUCAUGGGAUUCUUGGACCAUGCCCCUAAUGGAACAGACAACUAUUGCCUGUGAGAAGGUUAAGAAGAUGACUGAACUAAGUCAGGGUUACAAUAUCGUCGGACUCUCUCAGGCGACCUCAUUUGGUUCACAGGGCAACAUGAUUGGUCGAGGGCUUGUUGAAUUUUGUGAUGGAGGACCGCAGGUGAAGAAUUUCAUAUCGCUCGCCGGACCACAUGCUGGUACUGCUUCUCUUCCAUUCUGUGGGUCCGAGUGGUUAUGCGUUCUUCUUGAUGAUCUGGUCAAAUUGAUAAUCUACAGCCGCUUUGUCCAGGAACACCUUGGGCCAAGUAACUACUUUAAAAUACCUACAGAUAUUUUUGCCUACAUUAACGGAUGUAAGUUUCUUCCAAAGCUUAAUAAUGAAAUCAUGAAUAUGAAGAAUUAUACAUACAAGCUGCGAUUUGCCAGCUUAGAAAAUUUGGUUCUUAUAAUGUUCGAGCAAGACGCUGUUUUGAUACCCAAAGAAACAUCCUGGUUUGGUUAUUUUCCAGAUGGUGCAUUUCAUCCUGUUUUGCCAGCACAAGAGACUAAGCUCUAUACUGAAGACUGGAUCGGUUUAAAAACUCUGGAUGAAGCUGGAAAAGUGAAAUUCAUCAAGGUGUCAGGGAAUCAUUUGGAGAUAUCAGUUGGUGAGAUGAAGAGAUAUAUAGUGCCAUUCUUGAAGGACCAAGCAUCAACAAUCGCACUUCCAAAAGUCGUAGAAUCUUCAUCUGGUUGGCAGUGGUCGCUCCUGAGCUUCGCUUUUGAAAUGGCUGGGCUUAAUGAAGGCCGGCAGUUACUCCGCAUCAUGGGUUAGAGUAGAUUAUUCAAAAGUUCCUGUGAAAUUGACUUUACAGGAUGUAUAAAACGGAACCACCGUCGGUUGGACCAUGGGAUAUGACGGUGAAUUUAAA